AUGUCUUCCAUACACAUUGCUGGUCAAUCACGUUGGCGACCUUCGCAAUUCGGGCGUAGGAGAUGUAGAAGCCGUUGGAGUGCAGCUGAAAUUGGAUUAGUGCAGCUGAAAUUCACAAGAAGGAGGGAACCAAGAAAGCAUGAAGUUAAAGUGUUCUUGGGGAAUGAAGAGCAAGUAGAUGUAGAAGCCGUUGGAGUAGUGCAGCUGAAAUUGGAUUCUGGUUUUAUUUUAGAGUUGGAUGAUAUAGUUUUAGUACCCUCAAUGAAGAGGAAUUUGAUUUCUGUUUCAAGAUUAUCAAGACUUGGUUAUGUUUUUCAAUUCAAUAAAGAUGGCUUUGCAUUAUCUCAUAAUUCAAAUGUUCUUACUACUGGUUUUCUCUCAAAUGGAUUAUAUUGUCUCAAUUACAAUAAGGAAGGUGAGUUUUUAAUGGCUGAAUCGAGUGAGAAACGAAUUAGAAGUGAAGGAAUAUCCACUAGGUUAUGGCAUAGACAUUUAGGUCACAUUUCAACAGAAAGAAUGAAAAUUCUAGUUAAGGAACAAAUCUUGCCUUCAUUGACUUUCACUAAUGACAAAAUUUUUAUUGAAUGUGUCAAAGGAAAACUCACUAAGACUAAGAAGAAAUGCGCAACACAUAGUAGUGAUCUUUUAGAGAUCAUUCACACAGAUAUUUGUGGACCAUUCCCUCAUCAAACAAUUGAUGGAAAUCACUACUUCAUCACCUUUAUAGAUGAUCAUUAUCGUUUUGGUUAUCUAUAUCUCAUACCAGAAAAGUCUCAAGCUUUUGAAAUGUUUAAGAUUUUUCAAACUGAAGUAGAAAGGCAACUUCAGAAAAAGAUAAAGAUUGUGAGGUCAGACAAGGGGGUGAAUCUUAUGAAUGUUUUGAUGAAGGAGGACGAGGGGCUGGACCUCUUGCUAGGUAUCUGCAGGAUAAUGGAAUAA